AUGGAAUUCAGUAGAUCAGCAAAAGGCAUUUUGAUGAAUCAAAGAAAAUAUGCUUUGGAAAUUAUUUUAGAUUUGGGUCUAAGAAAUGCUAAACCAACUUGGACUCCUCUUGAAGCCAACACCAAACUAACAAUCCAAGAAUUGGAUUGUCCCACUGGAGAAUUAGAUGAUGAGCAAUUUGAAGACAGAGAGCAGUAUCAAAGGCUGGUAGGGAAGAUGUUAUAUUUGACUAUGACCAGGACAGACAUAGCUUACUCUGUUCAGACACUCAGUCAAUUUCUACACCAACCCAAGAGAUCACAAUGGGAAGCAGCUGUGAGGGUAAUGAAAUAUAUCAAGAGGGAGCCAAGACUUGGGAUAUUACUGAGCAGCAAAAGAUCCUACAAGUUGAAUGUGUACUGUGAUGCUGAUUGGGCAGCAUGCCAAAUACAAGGAGAUCAGUGUCAG